UGUGGGGAACGAGGAGGAUUGGUGCGUCCCUGCCCUCUGUCUGCAUCCAGCUGCUGAGUGAGCGCACCACAUUCAAUAUGGCUUUAGCCGCAAGCAGGACGCUCUUGGCGCUAUUCGUCACGUUUUGCGCACCAGGAUGCGGAUGGACAGCUGAGAAGCCCCUGCGGACGCACAAUGGGAAACAGUCAUCUGUGGACAGGGGCCUUAAGGAGAGCUGGGAGCCUUCAAUCCAUCUGGAUGGAAGACCUGUGGACCGCUUCGUGAUCAGCUCCAGCAAACCCUCAAGGUCUCACCGCUUCACUAAAGUGGGAAGGGACAGUCGCUCUCAUCUUUUGGAGGAUGUAGACCCUGAAUGGAUUAACCUGGAUGGCUUUGCUGUGUUGGGCGGUGGACCUGUCAGCAACUCAUCAGCAGGUCCACCAAGGUCUCCACAAACUACGUCCAGAAUUCAGCCCCCUGUACAGAGGGCCACCAGGGUGGACAGAACAGCUCACCCAUUGGGAGUGUCAAAUACCAGGGCACACAGGAGGGCCCCUCAGUCCUCCUCAGGUCCCAGGCAACCUGAGAGAGCUCAGGCAGGAGCUCCCCCAUUGGAAAGAAGACACAUACACCACACCAAACCUCAAUCUGACCAGAGAAACAGAAAUGCAGCCAAGCUAACAUCUGAGUCCGUUCAUGUGGUGUCACUGCAGGCACAAAAAGCCCUGGGCCAGAGCGCACCCUCCAACAGAGACGUCUCAUCCAAAACAACGACACCAGAGCCACCAGAGUAUGAGGCCAAGGACAUCAGUGUCAGAGUUAUGUCCCCUCAGUCAGUCCUUAUCUCCUGGGUUGAUCCUGCUGUUGAAAUGGGAAAGGUCGAACCUGAGACAUUAAGAUCCUACACAGUUAGGUACAGGGAAAAGGGGGAGUCAGCACGUUGGGAAUACAAGGACAGCACCCAGAGAAGAAUGAUGAUAGACACCCUGUCUGCUGAUGGCAUGUAUGAGUUCUCUGUCAGAAUCUCUCAGGGAGAAAAUCAUGGGAAAUGGAGUGUCUCAGUGUUUCAAAGGACCCCCGAGUCAGCACCAUCUGGGCCACCGGAGAGUUUUGAUGUCAAGCCACUACGAGGAAAAGGAACUGCAGUAAUAGCAACAUGGGAUCCACCUGAAGAAACCAAUGGGAGGAUACGAGAGUACAUCAUGUCUUAUGCUCCUGCUAUGAAGCCAUUUGGAAUGAAGAGUUUGACUUACCGUGGAAGCAUCACUACAGCCACCGUAGAUGGCCUCACACCAGGGGAGCGGUACAUCUUCAAAAUUAGAGCCACAAACAGGAGGGGACAAGGACCACAGAGCAAGGCCUUUAGUGUUGUCAUGCCAGGAUCCAGCAGUGCUGCAUCAUCACCUUCAAAAACCAAGGACAACAGCAGGACAAAACACACUCCUUCCAGACAAGAUACUGACCAUGAGGAAUCUGACCUCCAGUCAACGGAGAUGCCAGAGGAACCAACAACGCCUUCCCAGCCUCGCCCUGCUGCACCUGUAAGCAGGCGUACCCGGCCACUGUCUCAGUCACGGUCCUAUCACAGCAUCUUCUCCUCUGUAAGGGGCUCGGUCAGAAACACAGGAAACAGAGGGUCUUCCAAAGGAAUAGCUCGAAAAAGAGAAGAUGAGGAAGAAGAAGAAAAGAAAAUACCCACAACACCACCGUCAGCAGAAGAGACAACAACCAUGGAGGUAAUACGCGAGACAAAAGAGCCUGACAACGACGUUUCUCCUCAAUCUGAGGAUGAAUUUGGAUAUGACACAGAGCCCCAGACCCCUGAGACGCCUAGCCUCAAAGUUUUUACACCGUCCCCAACAAAACCUGUCUCUACUCGUGCCAAAGCACCACCAAGAAGGCCUGUUAAGAUCAGGGUCCAUCAAAAACCAGGAUCCAAAGCUACCUCGUCCUCCUCAUCCACCUCUUCAUCUUCAUCCUCCUCCUCAUCUGCCUCAUCGUCCUCCUCUUCAGCCGAUUCCUCCUCAAUUUCUUUCUCACCUACUUCCUCUUCCUCCUCAUCAUCCUCACCUUCUCUGACCUCAUUAUCCUCCUCCCAUAUUCAAGAGUCUGCAGCCAGUAGAAAAGACAUUGUAGCUUCCACAUACCCAGAAGGAAAAAACACUCAUGAUAAGCCGAGCAUUACACAUACAAAACCCUCCACUACUGUCGUAAAAGAGACCAAUUCACAGCAAACAGAGGCUUCAUCGGCAGGUAGAGGAUCAGCCUCAGCAGGGCGUACCAAUGGGUCUGGAUUUGGCUCUAGAUAUGGGUACAGCAGAAGACAUCCAGGGAUUUUGUUAAGAGGGAAUUCAACCAGACUGCUGAAUGGUUACAAACCUGCCAUCACCUCACAGUCAAAUUUACCGAACAGAACUCCUAACCAAGCAACGUCAAACACACUUAGUUUAGCAACAUCAGAGUCCACUUCUCCAGAAAGGACUCAAAACCCCAAAACAUCACAUACUUUCAACUCAGCAACAUCCAGGUCCCCUUCAGGAAGUGGAACCCAGAGCCAGGUGACAUCAGAUUCAUAUAACAAGCAAGGCUCCUCACAAUCCACCUCACACAAUACACAGAGUUCCCACACAUUACCUAAGCAAGACACAAGAGUCAGUGAAGGAAGUGAUGACAGUAAGUACAAAAACACAGAUGCAGAAGAAACUGAAGUUGAACCUACUUCAAGCUCUAAAACACAACCAACGGAAGAGGAGCGAACGGAUUCAGAGGUAAGAACGGAGAUCAGUAAUGAAAAACCUGUGGCUCCUCGUACAAGACUUAACCCAUCAUUUGCUGAAAGAUUCCCUUGGCUAGCCACCCGUUACCCAGGCAGGUUUGGUUCAGGGACAAGACCGUCAUCUCCCAGGCAGGAUGGUAGAACCCCCUUGACCAGGACAUCAUCCUCCGUUGGGGCUGGUAGACCCACUAGGGUUUCAGGGGCCACAGGUGCCGCUGGAGUGUCGACCCUACAGGAGACUAGGGAAGAUCUGAGGACUCCUUCCACCCAUGACUCCCUAAAGAAUGGAGAAGAAGUGGAUCCUGUAAAGCCUUCCUUGACUAAUCAAAAUACAGCAUCUAAAGACGAUGGAAACCCAACUACCUCAUUAUCUUCUUCCUCUUCAUCAUCUUCCUCAUCAACAGCCACUUCCUCAAACUUAGACUCCCAUCAUUCCUGGAAUGGACACAGAGACUCAAGUGACCCCAUCCAUCAAGGAACCCCUACCAACAAUAAUAAUGAUCAUGAUAAGGAUUUUCUAAAUGAGCGAAGUAGAGGAAUCAGUGGAAAAAAUGAUCAAACUGCGGACACCACAGCAGUUCAAAAGAGCCCUUCUAUAACUCCAGCAGACCCUCACAAAAGCGAAGAAGACAAUGGCAGCAUGGGUACAAGAGAAAGUUCUUCAAGGACAAGAGCCGGCUCAGCGUCUGGAGGAAUUCCAACUCAACGUCGUCCUGGUGUAGGGAUGAAUGGGAGGGUACGCUCUCCUGUUUUUACCAACAGGCAAUUUGGUGGGUCAAGGCUUCCCUUCAGACCACAGCCAGCCCAGAACACAAGGCUGGGCUCUUCAACAUCUGCUUCCACAUCAUCAUCAACAUCUGACGCCUCUAUUUCCUCAAACGUGCCACAGCCAGUUUUGACUUCAGAUCGGGACAUUGGCAGUGGCACAACUCUGACAAGAACAGGGGGAUUAUCUGGAAGCAACUCCCAGUCCACAUCUUCAUCAAGAGAUGGCUUUAGGGCACAGGGGGGUAGGUCUCGCUAUCCUAUUGUAAGAGGGAAACCAACCACUGGUGGACAGCUCAAGCCUGGCAUUGGAAAUGGUAAAAAUGGACGACCUAACCUGACAGCAUCAAAUGAUAAAGAGGCUUCUCCUUCUCAAGGAACCAGCAAGGCUGUUGGUCAAAGAUUUAUCACUGGACCUGAUGGAAGCAAAUGGGUUGUGGACUUGGAGCAGGGGGUUCUUAUGAACCAGGAAGGCCAAGUUCUCCAGGACUCCCAGGGCAAACCUAAGAGAGUUGUGCUUGGAGAGGAUGGACGUACAAUUUUUGACCUCAUGGGCAGUCCUCUAGUAAAUCAGGAAGGUAUGGCUUUGUUUGGCCAUGGCAGAGAUAGCCAACCUGUGGUCAACCCCAAAGACAAGGUCCUUAUGGUAGGAGGGAAACCUUUACUUGGUUUGGACCUCCCUCACCACAGGACCACCACCACUACCACCACCACCACCACCACCACCACCAUGGCUCCAACCACCACACCUGAGCCCACCACCACUGAUUGGAUCAUUGAGGAGUCUAGCACUGCACCGCCAUUCCCAACUUGUCCACCUGGAACCUACUCCAAAACAGAUGAAUAUGGGUAUCCAGUGCUGGACCCAGAAGGAAUAUUGGACUGUUACCCAGAAGAGGAAUCCUCAGGAAUGGAAAUGGACCACAUGGUUACAGGGACCAUGGUGCCUGAUGCUUUAGCUCUUAAAAAAGAUGAGCUUUUUGUCCAGACCACCCUGCCACCAACGACUACCACAACCACCACCACAACGGAGAAACCAACUCCAGAGCUGGACACCCGACCCUUGAACAAAGGCCCUUCAUCCGAGUUGGACCUGAGUGGGAAGAAGAGAUUCACAGCUCCGUAUGUGAACUACAUCUCGAAGGACCCCGGUGCUCCUUGCUCUUUGACUGAGGCUCUGGAGUUUCUUCAGGUCGAUGUCCUACAAGGCCUGAUAGACAAGGACAGCCCGACAGCCAAUCAGAAUCAGCCUCCCAAAAACAAGCCUCAUGACUUCACCGUGGUCGCCAUGGAGGGCUGCCACUCGUUUAUCAUCCUGGACUGGGCCCGCCCACUGAAGGAUGAUAUGGUGUCAGGCUACAUGGUGUACAGUGCUUCAUAUGACGACGUGCUCAACAACAGAUGGUCUUCUAGAGCCUCCACCGGGACCCACCUGCCUGUGGAGAACCUCAAACCCAACUCUAGGUACUACUUCAAAGUGCAGGCCAAGAAUGUGUUUGGUUUGGGACCAGUCAGCGAUACACUCACCUACGUCACUGAAUCAGACGAUCCUCUCCUCAUCGAAAGGCCACCUGGUGGUGAACCAAUCUGGGUCCCAUUUACUUUUAAGUAUAACUCCGCCCACAGCAGCUGUAAGGGCAGUCAGUACGUCAAGCGGACGUGGUACAGGAAGUUUGUUGGCGUGGUUUUGUGUAACUCUCUGCGAUACAAGAUCUUCAUGGGGGAUGGUCUAAGAGAGCCUUUUUACAGUAUAGGGGACACUUUUGGCCAGGGAGAAGACCACUGCCAGUUUGUGGACUCCUACAGGGACGGCAGGACGGGCCCGGCCUACCUCUCAAACAAUCUGCCCUCAGCACAAGGAUUUUACCGUGCAUACAGACAGGAGCCGGUUACAUUUGGAGUUAUUGGCCGACGUACACCCCACCCAUUCGUGGGCUGGUAUGAAUGUGGAGUGCCAAUCCCUGGGAAGUGGUAAAACUGAGAUAGAAGGAGAUAUUGAAACAAAGGGCUACCCUUGUGCAUACUGCUGCAGGCUCUGCCCUUUGAAACAGACUAUUGCCUGCCUCGAUGGAAGGACACCACUACAAAUGUAUUAGAGCUUCACAGAAAGAGAAUAUAGUACUUUUAAAUAACUCAAUGUAUAUCAUUACAAAGCACUUUUUUUAUAUAAAGCAGUCUGUAUAUGAGGGGAAGAAAAGCAUGUGUGCUCUUGCUAAGUUUAACUCACGUGUCCUUGUACUGUUACCAACUCUCCCAGAGACAGUGUUAUUUAUCUCAUCAAGAAUGCACACAUGGUCGCACCAGUGACAAUGGACCAAAGCACAAGCUGCAAAGCAAACUAUAAGAAUGAGCACUCAAGGUGUGUAUAGGUCUUAAUUUUCAAUCAUGAGAUUUGUAUUUCUUAAUGUAAAAGCUUCUGACAGAUACUUUUUGUUUGUUUGUGUCCUAAAACUAUCAUACUGUUUUUUUAUUUUUAUACACCCUCUUUUAUAUUCACCAGAAUGAAUUAAAAAUGAUUGUGUAUGUUUUUUUAUGUAUACGGGACAAAGAAUAAAAGACAAAAUAUUUGCUCAGGAACGUUGAGAUAUUGAAUAAAGGUGCUGUGGAAACCACAGCAAUCCAACAACA